AUGAGAGAGGAGCCGAGGGCAAGUGGGGGUGAGACGCUGCUGAGAAAUCAAACAGGAGAAACAACGUGGAAGCGUCUCAACCCCCUUCCCAGGCGAGGUAGAAAGAGUAAGUAUGACAUUGCGUUAGCCGCACAUUCAGGAACUAUUUCUGCGGGAGGACUGCCGUGCGGGGCACUUUUUACUCGCUCCUGCGCGGGUUUCCCGGAGCGCCUGGAUCCCUGCAGGGCCCCAGCGCGCAGCCGCGCGGACUCUUGGAGCCGGGGCGGAACUCGUACGAGCGGAACCUUUCUUUCCGCCCCCGGGUGCCGCGGCCCGCCCGGCGGGAAAUGCGUCAGGGACCGCGCCGUGCCGCGCCGCCGCCGCCGCCCGGCUCUGGUCGCCCCGGUAACGCGCCCCGGGCAGUGGCCUCACCAUGAACGUGCGGGUGGCGCGGGCCGCGUGCCCGUGGACGUGGCGGAGCUGCUGCGAGACGCCACAGCCGCGGAGGAAGUUCCGCGGGAGGCGGCGGCGCGGCGGCUGCCGGGCCAGUGCUCCGUGCUGCUCUUCCCGGGCCAGGGCAGCCAGGUGGUGGGCAUGGGCCGGGGGCUGCUCCGCUACCCGCGCGUCCGCGAGCUCUACGCCGCCGCCCGCAGCGUGCUGGGCUACGACCUGCUGGAGCUGAGCCUGCACGGGCCGCAGGAGGCCCUGGACCGCACCGCGCACUGCCAGCCCGCCGUCUUCGUGGCUUCGCUGGCCGCCGUGGAGAAGUUGCAUCACCUGCAGCCCGCGGUUAUUGAGAACUGUGUUGCUGCUGCCGGAUUCAGUGUGGGAGAAUUUGCAGCCCUAGUGUUUGCUGGAGCCAUGGAAUUUUCUGAAGGUUUGUAUGCGGUGAAAGUCCGAGCCGAGGCCAUGCAGGAAGCCUCGGAAGCUGUCCCCAGCGGCAUGUUGUCUGUCCUCGGCCAGUCUCAGUCCAAGUUCGCCUUCGCCUGUUUGGAAGCCCGGGAGCACUGCAAGACUUUGGGCAUAGAGAACCCCGUGUGUGAGGUGGCCAACUACCUCUUUCCUGAUUGCAGGGUGAUCUCAGGACAUCUGGAGGCACUGCAGUUCCUCCAGAAGAAUGCCUCCAGGUAUCACUUCAGACGUACCAGGAGGCUGCCCGUUAGCGGUGGCUUCCAUACGCGCCUCAUGGAGCCAGCCCUGGAGCCCCUGGCCCACGUCCUCAAGUCGGUCAGCGUCAAGAAGCCUCUGGUUUCCGUCCACUCCAACGUCGACGGGAACAGAUACGCGCAUCCGAAACACAUCCCCAAAGCGCUGGUGCAGCAGGUGGUCUCCCCGGUGAAGUGGGAGCAGACGAUGCACGCCAUCUACGAGAGGAGGAGGGGCACGGAGUUCCCCAAAACUUUUGAAGUGGGCCCCGGGAGGCAGCUGGGAAGCAUCCUGAAGAGCUGUAACCUGCAGGCCUGGAAGUCCUACAGGCACGUGGACGUGCUGGAGGAUGACGGGACCUAGACUGUGUGUGUGUGUGUGUGUGUGUGUGUGUGUGUGUGUGUGUGUGUGUGUGUGCGCCCGCCACCCCCGCGGGGUCUCCUGGUGCCCCGGGGGGCGGGGGGGUGGGGGCGCGCCUUAGGAGGGAGGAGGGGACCCAGAAGGGGCUGCAGUCUGUUUCUAGGCUUCCUCCUCCGAGUGAUCGGGCAGCAUCAUUGUUUGCAGAGUGCUUCGAAGGCCACAUAAAAAGCACUAAAAGUGAGCAUUUCUUUACCUGCCAAGGUCUGUUUCUCCCGAGGCCUGUUCCGAGGCUGGGGGAAAGCCGCAGCCGGGCCAGAAGAGUCGCUGAGGUCUCCUGCUCUGCGAGGCAGACCUCACACCUCUGGGCUCUGGUGGCGCCUCUGUAAAAUGGGCCUGCAGGUGAGUUCUAGGGGCCGGGAAGGCUUGGCCUGCGGCCUGUCACGUUGCACCCCAUCACCACGUGGGGGCUGUGGGUGUAUCGGCAUGGGCGCCAGGGAGGUCAGUGCCGGAGGGGCCCCUCCACUGCCCUGUGAGCCAUGCACACCCACAGCCGGAAUCUUAGCCCUUUCGUUACUGAAAGCAAAGGGCUUGAAGACACAGUUGGCCGUGGCAGCCGUUCUGUCCACCCCACACUUCGUAGUUGGGAGAUUCAGUCCCGCAUCUGUUUACGCAACAGAUAGUACUGAGUGCCCGCUGUAUGCCUGUGAGUGAGUAACCUCUACCCUGGUGGGGAACAGGGUCCUUAGCCAGGCGGGAAGGGUUUGGGGAGGCUGGCUGAGGGCCGUUUCCUCCCCCACCCCCAGGCAUCCCUGCGGACGGUGAUCGGUGAUCGCUAAGUGUCUACUCUGUGCCCGCGACCUCCUGUGGCACAGGCCACCCCCGUAGCGCUUCUCUGCCUGCUCCACACGGGGAGCCAGAGUCAUUCUGAGCUUCUCGGUGGCUUUUUCAUUCAUCAGUGCUAGUGGGAAACCC